GCUGGGAAAGAAGAGGGCGAAGAAGAACCAGAAGCAGGCGGUCUCUAGCGCUUGGGACGAGGCCCUCAUGAACGGUGGGGGCGGAACUUCCCUGUCAGCCUGUAUCCCAUACAGAAAAGUAGUCAUGUAGCACCCAUAGUACCAAGAAAAAAUCAGUAGACUUUGGCUGAUGCACAGGAAAUGCUGAAUCGCAAGAGGGACAAAGAUCUGUCAUGCGGUCAAAGCAUACUGGAGAUUCAUUGUAUGUAAUGCGGAGGAGUAACGACCAGGGAGUCCAGAAGAUUUGUGACACUGAACACAGGAAGGCUGUUCAACUGUAUCAUUGCAAAGAGAAUCUAAUAUCAUUGUGCUAUGUGUAGUGUGUGUUGUUCUGUAGGAUAGCUUUGUCCCGACGAAAGCCAGCCGGCCGUGAUAUUAAUCGUCAUGCAGCCGAAUCGGGAACCAAAGCGAAAAAGCAGCACCAGCAACGUGGGUCGUCGAACGAAAAGGAACCGGGUGUGCCUGCUGGCGUCCAACACGAGCAUCCAACGGAGCAUGACGGGCUCGAGCAGCCGAGUGCGAUAAACACCUCCAGUGAAGACGACACGACCAUGAAUUUUCUCCCUGCCGAUGAUUCCUCCGCCUCGUACCUGGAGAAGGCCGCGGCACCCGCUACAACUACAGCUGGGUCCCAGCGACGACCCGCAGAUAUGAAACCGCAAUGCUCCCCUUCUCCCUCAUUUUUUUUUUAUGUGGAAAGUGAAAAUAAUUAUACGACCAACAAGUGCAACUGCAAACUGCAAGUAAUCACCACCUCUAUUCUUUUUCUUUACCUUCUGAUCGUGAUCCGUUGUGCAUGAAAACGAGGAAGAAGGAAGCCCUUCUUGUCGUGCAGAAGCUUGUGUUGUUAUCGCCAAACCAGUUAUGUGACGUUGCAGUAUGCACCUGUAGUUCCUGCAUGUCAAGAAACAGCAACUCGAGGAGAAGGACGAGUUGUGCACGCUGAUACGACAAUCACGACGUCGGCUGUUCUCUGAUACUCAGCCGCUGAGUAUGAACAACGGGGAACAAAGUGAAGAGACCGCAGAUUCCACUGCGGUAGUACCGGACACUACUUCUACUACACGAUCAGCGGAGAAGAUGAAACGCGACCCCGCGGGGGGCUGUUCUUCGUUCCCGGGGUGCGGCGAGGACGAGGAUGAGGAGAAGGACAAGGAACACCAAGCAGCAGCAGCAGAGCAGGUUGAGCAGCAGCGGCAGGAGCUCCAGAAGCAGCUACAGGAGGAAGAGGCGAAAGUGCGGGCACACUACGAGAAGGAGAGGGAGAGGCUGUACAGCACGUUCUAUAAAUGGCGAGACGCGGAGGAGGGCCGGGAGCAGGAGCGGGGGCGAGAAAUAAACGCUUAUGAGCAAAGGCUGCAUAUCACACAGAGAGAAGCUAGAAAUAGCAUAGCACAUUUAAUGCAAGAAGGAAUCGACAAAUUCUAUUCAUUGCUAAACUGAAGUUUUUGUUUCAUGUGCGGGCCCAGGAGAGCGCCGCGGGGUUUAGGCUCUGCAAUGCAGAAGAUUUUUUUCUUCGCGCUACCCAUAUGAUAUGCUAGCUUUUUUUGUUUUUCUCCGUGAUAAUGUGAGAUCAACAAGCCGCGUCCAACGGGGCACUACAGCGUGUGCAAUCGGAACUGCAACAGGCCAAAGCGCAAUUAUUGAACCAGCGCCAGCAGUCAGUCAGCGUGGACGAUCUGAAAGUGACGCAGCGUCGGGAGCUAGCGUUACAGAAGACACAACUAGAUGAAAAAAUCGCGGACGAAAACAGAAUGUAUCGGGAUUCACUUGCCGCUCUGGAAGACCCAGAAAUGAAGGACGUAAGGAAAGACACAGCGCUCGCCUUGCUCGAAAAUGCGAUUAAGAAGCAAGAAGACGAGAACAAAAAGCUCCGGGACGAGCAACUGGGGCUCAUUGCCGAGCUCCACGCGCUUCAGGAAAGCAAACAGUCGGCAGUUCGGAAGCUGUACGAGGAGCAGCGCACGGAACUGGACAAGCAAAAUGCCGACAACCAGAAGCUCUGGGACCAGUUCGAGCAGCAGCGCCUCGCCAGCCAACAGGCCUGGGACGCCAAGAAGAAGCAGCUCGAAGAGCGGAUCCGGGCGAAGGAUGCCAUAAUCCGGGAGCUGCUGCAGCCGAAUCCGGCUCCGCCAGCAUCCAUUCCCGCUGCAGCUGCGCAGACGCCAAACCGUCCGGCUCCGCGCGAGGCUGCUCCCAGCCAAGCAAUGCAUUCACAACCAGGGAGGAAGAGGAUGAAUGGUUCGGAGGGCCCGGGACAGAUUGGUCAGCAUUCUUCGUUCUUGGGGUGCAGCGAGGACGAGGAUGAGGAGGAGAAGGACAAGAAAGAGAAACACGAACCGGGUUCGCAAGCGACGCAAGCGUCCCAGCAGGUUCUUGCGGCGCAACAGGCAGCAGAGCGAGAGGAGCAGCUGCAGAAGCAGCUACAGGAAGAAGAGGCGAAAAUGCGGGCACACUACGAGCAAGAAAAGGACAGGCUGUACAGCACGUACGACGAAUGGCAAGAAAAGGAGAAAGGCCGGGAGCAGGAGCGGCAGCGAGAAAAAGAGCAGCACGACCGGGAGCUGGAAGCGGCAACGAACAAAAUCAAGCUGGACGGGCGCGAAUUUCACGAACUAAUGACUGAGUACCAAAAAGUCCUUGAGCAGGUCAAGGGGCUGAGGACCGAGAAGGCACGGCUCGAGGGGAAGGUCGGUGAAAAGGACCACCAAAUCUUCCUGGCGUUGAAGCAGCAACGAGACGCCGACCAGGAGUUGAGGACGCAGUUCGAGGGGCAGCUCCGUAAAAAGGACGAGCAAAUCCAGAAGCUUGAGCAGCAGCAGCGUCAGCCACAAACGGUUCCGCCAGCAUCCCCCGCACAGCAGCGUCAGCCACAAACGGUUCCGCCAGCACCCCGCGCGGCUGGGCCCUUCCCAUCAAUGGAUCGCACACAAGGAAUGUUGUGGGGAGGUCUUCCUGGAGACCAGGGGGGGCAGGCGACAACGAUUAACCCGGCCCCCCUGCAGCGGGGCCAGGGGGCUCCUCAGCAACGACAGCGCUUUGGAGGUGCUCCUAUUUCAGAACCCGGCUCGAAUCGUGGGGGGCAACCGCCGAUGCAACCCGGGGCCAACGGUCAAGGACCAAGGACCGGAUUUUCUCUUUAG